GAAGUGACUCCAGACAAGCUGCUGAAGGUGGCUCAUGAUGGCACAGUCCUUGCAGGGCGCGGCAACUGCGAGAUAUCUGCCUUUGAGAUCCACCGCGCCAUCCACGACCUGGACCCACGGCGCUACGCCGUGGUGCUUCAUACCCACAUGCCCUACGCGACUGCUUUGUGUUGCGUGGCCACGAAGAGCGAGGAGCACCCACUGAAGAUGUGCAACCAGAACAGCCUACGCUUCUACGAUGACGUGGCCUACGACCCAGUGUACCACGGCCUCGUGUGCGAAGAGGAUGAGGGGAACCGUUUGGCGAAGGCCAUGGACAACAAGCUGGCACUCCUCCACCGCAACCACGGCGUCAUCGUUUGUGGUGCCACGGUCGCCGAGGCCUUCGACGACCUCUACUACCUGGAAAGGGCAGCGAUGAUCCAGGUGCUGGCUGCCUCCACUGGACAGGAGCUGCUCCUGGUGGACGAUGCCACGGCCAAGGCGACGAAAGAAGCCACGGACUCGUUGAAGCCGCACUAUGCGAAGGCGCAUCUGGACGCUUGGAAAAGGGAGAUGCGCCGGUCGGAAGGCACAUGGCCCUCUGAGAAUUGGUUGCCCGUGCUUGCUGCAAGCAUGAUCGCGCUGACCACGCUCUUCGUGCUGCGCAGCCGGUGA